AUGACCCUCGGCGGCGGCGGCGACGGCGACGGCGGCGGCGGCGGCGGCGGCACGGCCGACGAGGAAUUCUUCGAGAUCACGGACGACGGCAGACGACACCGCGGCCGCCUCUCGAAGUCGAAGUCGUCCGCGGGACCCCUCGAGGAUCACUCCGUGUGGCCCCGGGAGAAGUGCGUCUCGGAGGCGCGGUGGGACAUCGCCGUCCGCCCGGUCCUCGGAUACGGCGGCCGCGCGGACGACGUCGAUAAUGUUUCCCUCGCGGGCUGGUUAUCGUCCCUGCCCGUGUUCGAGCCGCACUACCAGGUCACGAUGGCGCACGGGCUCGCGAGCGGGUGGAUCGAGCACGACGGCGCGCGGACGGAGUUUACGAACGCGCCGGCGUACUCGGAGAAGAACUGGGGCGGCGCCGGGUUCCCGUCGAGAUGGUUUUGGUGCCAGUGCAACGCGUUUCACGGCGCUCCGGGGUUGAGCGUGACCGCGACCGGGGGUAACCGCGGCGUCGUGUUGCUUCCCGGGGUGAGAGAGGAAGUCGCCGCGGUGCUCGUGCACCUGCCGGACGGAUCGUUUCUUCCGUUCGCCCCCGUGACGGGCGCGGGGGGGUCGCCCGCCGCGGAGGUGAUCUGGGACGUCGACACGUGGGGACGAUGGCGAGUCACCGCGAAGACGCCGACGCGGGAGGUUGUCGUUAAGGCGGACACGGCCGAGGACGCGGGGGUCGUCGGGAAGACGACCGUCCUUCGGGCGCCGAUGGACGACGUCGACAAAGGGAUGGCGCCGCUGUGUCGCGAGAGUUUCCGCGGACGAAUGUCGAUGUCGAUGUGGAAGUUAGACCCGUCCACGGGCGCGCGCGUGGAGACACUCUUAGACGACGUCCGCUCCGACGUCGCCGCCGUGGAGGUAGGCGGCGGGCCGUGGAGUGAGCCGUGGAGAGGCACGGCGCGGAUGCGAGAGCCGCUCGGGACGCUCGCGGGGGCCGACGUGGACGUGAACGCCAUCGCGUCUUUCCUUCGACUGGACGUCCCGGGGCUCUGA